CGAAGACUUCCGGGGCGAGGUGACGUCUCCAGGGUUCCUUCCUCCGUGAACUCCAGGUCGGGGACAGGUGGAAGGUCUUGGGACGGGGAGCAGUGAAUAUUGCUAGGCGGACACGGCUCGAUGAAGAGAGAUCUAAGAAAGGACCGGGACUGGCGGGAGAAAGUGAAUUGAAAGGAACCUGCCCUACGACUGCAAUCAAACCAGAUGCCUUCUUUCACUUCACCAGACCAAGGAGAUGACCUGGAGGCCUGUGUUUUAAGAUUUUCCGACCUAGAUUUAAAAGACACAAGGCUUAUCAAUCCCAGUAGCAGUCUCAAAGCAGAGUUAGAUGUCAGUACAAAGAAGAAAUACCCAUAUGCCAAGAAAAAGGCAUUUGCCCUUUUCGUCAAAACCAAAGAAGUUCCAGCAUGUCCUCUUGAAUGUAAAGAAAAAUGGUGGCGAUGCUGUCAGCAACUCUUCAGAGACCAGAUCAGCAUCCACAGACACGUGGCAACACAGCAUGCUGAUGAGAUUCGCUACCAGACUGCUUCUGUGUUACAGCAGCUGGCUGUGACAUUGAAUACCUCAAAGGGCCUUAAGUCUGAGGACAAUAGGAUCCCUCUACAAGAGGACUUCUCCUGUAAUCCUGAUGUGUCUAUCUGGCUUCCUGAUAUAAGCUGCUUUAGCCCUGAUGAGUUGAUAAGCGGCCAGGGCAGUGAUGGAGGAGAGGUGCUGCUUUAUUACUGCUACCGUGACCUGGAGGACCCCCACUGGGUGUGUGCCUGGCAGACAGCUCUGUGUCAGCUCCUGUCCCUCACGGGCAAGGUUCGAAUUGCUACAGAAGGAAUCAAUGGGACAGUUGGUGGAAGCAAACUCGCCACCAGACUCUAUGUGGAAGUCAUGCUUUCCUGCCCAUUGUUUAAGGAUUUUAUGUGUAAGGAUGAUUUUAAGACCAGCAAAGGAGGGGCUUGCUGUUUUCCAGAAUUGCGUGUUGGUGUAUUUGAAGAAAUUGUGCCCAUGGGGAUCAGUCCCAAUAAGAUCUCCUACAAGAAGCCUGGAAUCCAUUUAUCCCCAGGUGAAUUUCAUAAAGAAGUAGAAAAAUUUUUGUCUCAGGCAAAUGAAGAACAAAGUGGUACUAUCUUACUGGACUGCAGAAACUUUUAUGAAAGCAAAAUAGGACGAUUCCAGGGCUGCUUAGCCCCAGACAUCAGGAAAUUCAGUUACUUCCCUAGCUACAUUGACAAAAAUCUGGAACUUUUCCAAGGGAAGAAGGUGCUGAUGUACUGCACUGGGGGCAUCCGGUGUGAGCGGGGUUCAGCCUACCUCAAGGCCAAGGGCGUGUGCCAGGAAGUGUUCCAGCUCAAAGGGGGCAUCCACAAGUACCUGGAGGAGUUUCCCGAUGGUUUCUACAAAGGGAAGCUGUUUGUUUUUGAUGAGCGCUAUGCCUUAUCCUACAACAGUGAUACAGUGUCAGAAUGUUCAUACUGUGGAGUCCCAUGGGACCAGUAUAAACUCUGCUCAACUCCCCAGUGCCGCCAGCUCAUCUUGACCUGCCCUGCUUGCCAACAACAAGGAUUCACAGCCUGUUGUGUCACAUGUCAAGACAAAGGGAGGAGGUUGGCUUUGAGUCCCACCCAGAACAGCUUUAAAGAGGAAUGUGAGUGUACUGCCCGACGGCCACGCAUACCCAGCGAGCUGCCACGGCAGGUGCGGCUCCCCAUGAGCCCCGAGCUGAAGCCAGAUAUUGGUGAGGAUGGGCCACGCAUAUGUGAGGAGAAGCAGCACUUCCCCAGGCCUGCACAAAGCUAGUUCACAGUGACCACACAUUGGAAAAUAUCAGAGCUGCAGCAGCAAAAAAACUUGAACUUGAAUGCUGGUUUUGCCAGCAUCAUAAACUGGAUACCAUAUUGGCCACCUAAGCUUCAGAGGGGCCGGGAAGAGGGGGUAGGGUGCUGACCACUUACCUGAGACAUUUGACUCAGAAGAUGCCCGAACACAGGAAAAGGUGAGCUGUGUAGGAUCCCAGCGCUGUUGGGGGAGAGAGCCUUGAGCCUGGUGACCAGGUCAUGCCCUUUCUGUGCCAUGCAGCAGGCUGGUAAUAGUUACUUGUCUCGUCAGCAGACCGGUUGAUCCUGGUGGCAAAAGCAUGAAAGCUAUGUCCUUGGAGGGGGACUCCUUGGAAGCAGGCCAUUCCUGCUACCUACCAUCACCUACCAUCCGCUCCUACCCUCAUCCCUAAAUCAGGAUCUGCAGAAUAGAACAUUUGACUGGCCUUCUGGUUUUGGUAAAUAGUUUUAGUGGAAUAGCCACACCCAUUGAUUUGCAUAUGAUCUGUGGCAAAAUUAAGUAGUUACAACAGAGACCAUAUGGUCUGCAAAGCCAAAAACGUUUGCGAUCUGGCCCCUUUAUGGAAAAAAAUAGCCAUCCCCUGGUCAAAACCCAACAGCUCACCUGAUGGAGCAGAUGAUCUGAAAGGUUGCCCACCUUCAUUGUUUUGAUUCGAUUUCUGUGAGUGAUCUCCCCCUAAGAGUCCCUGUUUCCCCUCCAGUACCCACACUCUUGGCUUUUAAGUACAGUCUUUGAGAGAUUCAUAUUAGCUUGAGGACCCUGAUGUUUGGGCAGUUUGGACGUGAACGUGCCGGGAUAUAAACACAUUCGGAGUGAGGCCAUUCGGCACUGCUGGGGUAGUCUCCCGGCCUCUGGCCAAUGUGUCAGGCGCAUGUCCAUGUCACACGAGCCACAGGAAACACAUACACGACCAUCCAUAGACCAACAGAUUUAAUAUUAUAUUGCAGUUUCCAGUGAUGCAGAAUGCAGCCACAGUUGUGUUUCAAGAAGCCUAGUGGGGCUGGCCAUCCCAGCAGCGUGGUGCCACUCCCGGCCCGCCCGUAGCCUCAGUAGACACUCUUCCAUCUCGGGGAGGCCCUGGCUGCACCUCCGGUUACCCUGCACUGGCCGCGUCAUUACAGUUCAGUGUGCGAGACUUUUCCUUCCUCGUCAAAAGCCUCUGCUCAGUGCUCUGCAGCUUGGUUUACG